AUGGCCAAGAUCAAAUCCGUCGAGUACUUCCGCGUCAAGCCUCGUUGGCUCUUCGUCAAAGUCACCGAUGAGCAGGGACGUAUCGGAUGGGGUGAAGCUACCUUGGAGGGACACACGCAGGCAGUGGAGGGGUCAUUGGACGAGAUCAUCACUCGGAUAAUUGGAUAUGAAGCUGAUGACAUCGAGCAUAUCUGGCAGACAGUCUGGCGAUUGGGAUUCUACCGCGGCGGACCGGUGUUCAUGUCUGCCUUGUCGGGAAUUGACAUUGCGCUUUGGGAUUUGAAAGGACGAAAUCUCGGGGUUCCUGUGUACCAGUUACUCGGUGGGAAAGUGCGGAAUAAGGUGCAGGUGUAUGCGUGGGUUGGAGGUGAUCGACCUAGUGAUGUCGAAGUGGCAGCAAAAGCACGCAUCGCCCAAGGCCUCAAAUGCAUCAAGAUGAACGCAACCGAAGACCUCAACUGGCUCGAUUCUCCCGCCGCCAUUGACUCCUGCGUCGAGCGCCUAAAACAAGUCAAAGCCCUCGGCCUCGAUGCAGGACUUGAUUUCCACGGCCGUCUACACAAGCCCAUGGCUAAACAACUAGCCAAAGCCCUCGAACCGCAUCGUCCACUUUUCAUCGAAGAGCCGUUACUAUGCGAACAUCCUGAAGCCAUCAAACAGUUAUCCCAGCAGACUACAAUCCCCAUCGCGCUCGGAGAACGGUUGUACACUAGAUGGGACGCGAAGCGGUUUCUGGAGGAUGGCUCGAUAGACGUCCUCCAGCCGGAUAUCGCGCACGCGGGCGGAAUAUCCGAGACGAAGCGCAUUGCCAGCAUGGCGGAGACGUAUGAUGUAGCUAUUGCGCCGCAUUGUCCAUUAGGUCCGAUUGCGCUGGCCGCCUCUAUCCAGGUUGCAUUGUCGACGCCAAAUUUUGUGAUCCAGGAAAUGUCGCUGGGUAUGCAUUAUAACGUUGAAGCGGGCGAUAUUGAUCUGAAUAGCUAUCUGGUCGAUAAGACGGUAUUUGACAUAGCAGAGGGCUUCGUCAAGGCGCCAUCUGGAGCCGGAUUAGGAAUUGAAAUUGACGAGGACCUGGUGAGGAGAAUCUCCACCGACACGGAGCCAUGGCAGCCAAAGGAGUUUUACGGCGAGGAUGGGGCGAUUCGCGAGUGGUAG